AUGCCGGAUGGGCAUCUAUUUUCCCGAAAGAAGGGCAAGGAAAAAGAACAGGAAAAGAAGCGUUCCCGCCUUAAAGCAUGGCUCUUUAAUCGAUCGCCAGAACCAUCAGGAUCAGGGGUGUUGCACUCCUCGGCUUGCGGUCCAAAUUUCAGACCUACGACCGCCAACACUUCAGCAGCCCCUUUCUCGAAUGCCAUUUCUCAAUCGAAAGCUCGCGAAACCCACGGCCAUGUCGAUGUUGUACACCCAGACCAGGAUUUCGAACCAAAUACUGCGCAUACACCUGCUACCCCCCCAGUGCAAAAGAGGGCUACAAUCAACGCGGAUCAAGAAAACAACGCGGAGGCCAGUAGCACCUCAGGUGACCUGUGGGAAGAUGCGUUUCAAAGCCUCUCGCUAGAGGAGCGACAACAGCUCGAGAUUUUGAUCGGCUUCGCUGAGGAGCCGCUCAAUCCAACACCGAAGCCAGUGAGGUUCUCACAUGAGGGUGCCCAAAUGCUUAUUGAAAUUGCUGAGAAGAAGCAAGAAGAGUAUGGGAAGCAAGUUUGGAGAUUUGAACUUCGAGGCCAUGUGAUUGAGCCAAGAAACUUCACAGAAAGCAUUAUUUCUUGUCUGAGCACAGCUGGCGAUAUCGGUGUGCAGUUUCUACCACAGCCGGCCAAUGCUGUGUGGCCUUUGAUUAAGGGUAUCUUGCAAGUUCCCGUCAAUGCAAAUGUUGAACUUAGUACCGCACUCAUGACCGCAGAGACGAUGGUUCGGAACAUUAGUCUUGGGCAUUUCUAUGAGGAGAUCUAUCUCAAGAAAACUGAAGGGGAGCUUCAAGAAUCUCUUCGGUCAGCCCUAGUCAAACUUUAUGCCGCAUGCUUAAAGCUUCUGAAUCACGCAUCCAAGCAAAUCAAUGCGAACACGACAGAACGAUUGCUUCUAGCCCUGUUGAAUCGCCAGGAAACUCAAUCCCAGGUUUCCAAUUUAGACAAAUCUCUUUCUGAGCUGACUCGGGUGAUCCAAAUCUGCCAAAAUAAAACGAUCGUUCACAUCAAUGACCGACAGACCAAGUUCCUUGCAAAAUUUCGAAAUUUCGAUAGUUUUGUUCACCAAAGUUUCAUUGAAUUAUUUCAAUCACAGGAUGAACGGAAAUUAUCAGAGAUUCUCAACUGGAUAUCCUUGACCAAGGAAUAUGAUCGACAUGCUGAGUUUGGAGGAAACCGGGCCCCCGAAACGUGUGAUUGGAUCUUGGAAACUGAAAUUUUCCAGAGUUGGGCAAACUGCACAUCGCCAACAUUACUUUGGCUCCAAGGAACCAUGGGAACUGGUAAGACGGUUCUUACAUCCAGAGUCAUCACUCAUCUUCUUGAUGAAUCAAGAAGCCAGGACAGAGACAGAAUAGUAUAUUAUUACUGUCGGCUGAAAGAUGAAUAUGAAGAUCCGAAUAACGUGAUACGUUCCUUCCUUCGUCAACUUGCAACACCGGCUCAUAACUCCAAUGAAAUCAGUAGGGAUAUUAAAGACCUAUUCACCAACAUGGAAAAACAGGCUUCCCAACUACCGAUUGAAAAAUGCAAAGAGCAGCUGUCACGGUCUUUGAGUGGAUACCGCCAAGUGACCUUUGUCAUUGAUGCUCUGGACGAAUGCAUACAGGCAGAGAUCCCGACCUUGUUGGAUACCAUUUUACCCCUUCUCAAGACCACGCAUCCUCCGCGUAUAUUUGUUUCCUCUAGGCCAGAUGGUUACAUCAAAAGGCGUUUUGCUAACUACCCGACCAUUGAAACGGAUAGCUUGAGCAGCGGUGUUCGCAAGGAUAUCGAAACUUUCAUUGAUCAUGCGCUUCCCGAUUUCUCAUACUGGGAGGCCUUUUCCCCUCAGCAGCGCACAGACAUAAAAGCAAGACUUUUGACAAAAAGUAAUGGCAUGUUUCAAUGGGUUUACCUGCAAAUAGCCAAUCUGAAGACGUGUGAAAUCUCUGCUGACAUCCUUAACGGAAUUGAUGAAAUGCCAACCGAACUUCCAAAAGCAUAUGAGCACAUCUACAAAAGUAUCUCUCAAAGAUCAGUUCAAAAGAUGAUUGUCGAUCGCGCCUUCAUGUGGGUGAUGUAUUCAUGUGUACCAUUGAAGGGUGAGAUACUCUUAGCAGGAGUCUGUCAUAGCGGUGACGCCAAUCCGCUGUACAAGGGCAUUGACAAAGACCGUCUCUUGAGUCUUUGUCGUAACCUGAUCAUUUUUGAUGAGAAUGCAGGAUUGUGGAAAUUUUCACAUGCCUCCGUUGCAGAGUAUGCCAAAAGCAAGGAGGAGUGGAGCUUGCAAAAGUCUCACUCUUAUGCUGGCAGAGUUUGCCUACAACACCUCAUAGCGUCGUAUGGCCAGUCAAUUGGAGAUCGAGACCUCACUCAACUUCUGAUACAGAAGGGCGCUUCUGUUGACAGGUGCCUUCAUACUGGGCGUUUUGGAAGCGCCCUUGCAGCCGCUGCAGGCUGUGGCAAUUUACCAAUAGCUCAACUUCUGGUUCGAGCAGGUGCUUCUCCUUUUCACCCCAGAGAAUAUACUCGAAAUGCUCUUACGGCUGCAGCAGAUAACAACAGAUUUGAGGUGGCUCAACUUCUGAUAGAAAGAAGCUCUUGCAUUGACUUGCCUCUGCAUAUUGGAGUUUACGGAAGCGCCCUUGCAGCUGCUGUGGGCAUUGGUAGCUUUAAGCUAACUCAAAGUCUAAUAGAGAAGGGUGCUGAGCCUAACCUAUCCAUCCAACAUGGAUGUUUUGGAAGUGCUCUUACCGCUGCUGCAUAUUACAACAACUUAGAGCUGGCUGAAUUUUUAAUAGAUAAGGGUGCCUCUGUUGACCUGUCUCUUCAAAUUGGAGAUUACAGAAGUGCCCUUACAGCUGCUAUAGGUCGUGGCAACCUUAAGAUGGCUGAAUUCCUUAUAGGAAGGGGUGCUUAUAUUGAUCUGCGACUUCAGACUGGACGAUUUGGAAGUGCCCUUGCAACUGCUGUAGGCUGCGGUAACUUUCCGAUGGCUGAACUUCUGAUAGACAAGGGAGCUUCCGUUGACCUAUCUCUUGAGGCUGGGGAUUAUGGAAGUGCCUUGGCAGCUGCAGCAGGCUGCGGUAGCUUAAAGCUCACUCGACUACUUAUAGAGAAGGGUGCAAAUGUCAACCUGUCUCUCCAAACAGGGCAGUUUGGCAGUGCCCUUGCAGCUGCAGCAAGUUGCAAUAACUUUCCAAUUGCAAAAUUGCUGAUGGAAAAUGGCGCUUUUGUUAAUCAGCCUCUUGAAACUGGAUGCUUUGGCAGUGCCCUUGCAGUUGCUGCAGGUUACAACAAAUUAAAAAUGGUUAAACUUCUGAUAGAAAGGGGUGCUUGUGUUAACCUGUCUCUUCAGAAUGGAGAUUAUGGAAGUGCUCUGGCAGCUGCUGAGGGUUGUGGCAAUCUUGAGGUGGCUCAACUUCUGAGGGAUAAUGGUGCUUCCACCUAG